GCCACUGACCCCCAGGCUGCCCCCAGAGCCCCCCCGCUGGGUCAGGCCCCCCCCCAGCCCCCUGCCUCCUCCGGCCCCUCCUGCUGUCGACGAGCCAUUUGGGGUCUCACUUCAAAGUUCCUUGGGAGGCCCAUAAAUAGGGAGCUGCGCCCACCAGAGCGUCCCAGAGCCCGGUCAGCGCAGCGCUGCGUCCCUGGGCCAGGAGAACCCAGGAGUCCGAGCACCCCGCGCCCCCCGCUCUAACCACUAGCCCCCACUCCCCUCCCGGAGCCGGGUGGGGACCCAGGAGUCCGGGCUCCGAGUCCCGCCAAGCUCGCCCGCCCUCGGCAUGUACCAUCCGUCGGAGAUGUUCCCCCACUUCGGGGGGUCCUUCGCGCUGCGCCCCGCUGCCCACGGGGGGCUGUCGGCUGGCUUCCCCCAGGGGCAGGCGGCCCAGUACGAAGCUUUCCGCUGCCCAGAUCUCGACGGCGUCUCAGCCGCCAAGUUCGAGCCCUUCUGCCCCCCAUUGGACCGAGCUGGGCGUCUCCUGGGCCCCUCCCCUGCGGGGCCCCCGCUGCCCCUGCCUGCCCCACCCCUGCCCUACGGGGGCGGGCAGCAGCUGCCCCCGGCCGAGCCGCCCCGGCUGCCCCCCAGCGUGCGGAUGAGCCUGGAGAACCGGGAGCUGUGGAAGCGGUUCUGCGCCGUGGGCACCGAGAUGAUCAUCACCAAGUCGGGGCGGCGGAUGUUCCCCCAGCUGAAGGUCUCGGUGGCAGGGCUGGACCCCGAGGCGAAGUACCUGCUCCUGGUGGACAUGGUGCCGGCUGGGGCCUCACGUUACAAGUGGCAGGGACGGCACUGGGAGGCCAGUGGCAAGGCCGAGCUGCCCCCCCCGGACCGGGUCUACAUCCAUCCUGACUCCCCGGCCUCGGGCGCCCACUGGAUGCGCCAGCCCGUGUCCUUCCAUCGCCUCAAGCUGACCAACAACACGCUGGACCCCCACGGCCACCUGAUCCUGCACUCCAUGCACCGUUACCAGCCCCGCGUGCACGUGGUGGGAGCGGGGGGCCCGGGGGGCGUGGGGGGGGGCUGCGCCUCCUUCACCUUCCCUGAGACGGCCUUCCUCACUGUCACCGCCUACCAGAGCCCCAAGAUCACCCAGAUGAAGAUUGAGAGUAACCCCUUCGCCAAAGGCUUCCGGGAGAACGGCAUGAACAGCAAGAGGGAGCGAGAUGCCCGGAUCAAGAGGAAGAUGAGGGGCGAUGUGGCCGAACCUACCAGGAAUGAGGCUGAUUGCAAGCGAGGUCCCUGUGACUCCACACAGGGCCCUCCCCCAGAGCCACCGGCCCCCCCUGACUGCUCCUUCCACCCCAUCUCCUCCUCCUACCCUCCUGGCGGGAAUGAGGAGCUGGGGUGCCCCCUAGGGGGGGUGAACCCCAGUGCCGAGGCGUACGUCCAGCAUCCAGCCGCCUUCCACGGCCUGCAGCCUCCCCAGGGGCCCGCUGGCUAUGCCAGCUCGCCCUGUGCUGCCCCUGAAGCAGCUGCUGCCCCGAAGCCCGUGGGGGACCCCGGCUGCCCCCCUGCCAAGCCACUCCCUGACCAAUCAAACUGCAGAACCACCAGCGCCCCGCCCCUCACCUACCCCCCCUACGGGCUGGAUGUCGGCUGCCUGCUGGGGGCAGGGCUGGACGGCCCCCCCGCACCUGAACUCCGCUUCCCCCCCUUCCUGCCCUGCCCGGCCCCCCGCCUCUAUGCCCCGCCCGGCCCCCCUGCCGGCUACCUCGAGGGGGGCAACAAGGGCCUCUUCUGAGGGCUGGGCUUCCCCCCAGCUGUCACCCCACUCUCCGUGGGGCCGCCCCCUCACCCAGGGGAGCACCCCCCCCAAUUGCGACUGACUUAUUUAUUCCAAGGGGGGAGCCAGACCCUUCCCUGCAGCUACUGGAUGGGGGCAGAGAGAUGGGGUGAAAUGUGCACCCCCCAACCUGCCCCACAGCCCUCGCCCUCUCAUUAUCUGCCUCCCCCCUACCCCUAUUCCUCCCCCAGUUAUCUGCCCCCUGCACAGCAACCCUGCUAUCACUGCCUCCCUGUUAUCUGCUCCUCCCCAGCCAUGGUCCCCUACAUCCUCUGUCCCCUCCCCCCAAUGGCUGAUUUGGAGAGGGCAUGUGCAAACAUGGGGGCAUCUCCUCCCCUUUUAAAAAAACAAUACAAAGCAAGUCACUCAAUCAAUAAAGCUGGGAAGGCAGCAAAGCGGCAUCCGUGUGUCCAUCGGGCAUGGGGGGAUCUGUGUGU